UUGUCAAUGGAGCGCAACAGUUUGAAGUCAAACCGAGCAGCGUGGAAGUGAACCCUGGAGACACAGCUAUGCUCACUUGCAAAGUUCACAACCGCCAAGGCGAAUGUGCAUGGCUGAAAGAUGGCAAAGUGAUGGGGCGCAUCGAUACCAAAUACGAAUUUUAUAGAGAACCCCCUGAUGGCGACUGCAGUAUACGGAUCCGAAAUGCCAAGAUAGAGGAGGAUGACGGGAUGUGGCAAUGCCAAGUGACACAAAUAGCCCUCACGGAACCAACGCUGACGGCACCUGAAGUCAAAUUCACAGUUAGAGAACCACCAAUGCCACCUCGGAUCGAGGACAACACAAAUGUUCUUCCUCCUGGUGAGCCCUAUCCUACCCAGGCUGGUAAGCCAAAACGCUUGCAUUGCAUCUCCAGGAAAGGUAACCCUCCUGCCAAGCUGAAGUGGUUCAUAGAGGAUACAGAUAUCACGACCAUGUCCAACCAGACGAAUGCCACCGAUGUGGACAAGGCCAAGACGUGGCAGGCUGUAAGCGUCCUCGACUAUGUGUUCCAGAAGGAUCAUAAUGGCAAACUUCUAAAAUGCGUUGCCAUUCAUGCGGCUUAUGAGACACUUACCAAGGAAAUUAAACUACCACUGGAAGUGCUGUAUGUUCCUGAAAUUCGCUUGGAGGGUCAACCCGUGAAAGAUAUCGAAGAAGGGGAGACAGUCUCCGUCAAAUGUGUCGCUGAUGCCAAUCCUCAAGCGAAUGUCAUUUGGAAAAAGUCUGGAUAUUCUAGCAUAUACGCUUUGAAAGACCAGAUAGAGUUCAUGCCAGUGAAGAGAUCCGACUCUGGUAUAUACAGCUGUUCUGCUUCCAACGACGUUGGACAAAGUCAUGAACUGGAAGUCAACAUUGAUGUCAAAUAUAAACCUCAGAUCAUGAAGAUUUCUCCUAAUCCCGGAGCAACUGUUACAGUCUACAACAGCACAACGCUUACGUGCGAAGCUGAAGGCAACCCACCGCCAAAGUACUCGUGGCUACAAAAGAUGGGUGGAGAUCCGAUCGCUUGGCAACUGAGGGGUCAUACAGCUUCUCUUCACAUACAGAACGUCACAUACCAGUACCAAGGUCAAUAUGUAUGCGAAGCAUCAAAUGUAAUCAAUGGCCACCAAUACAAAGCCACUUCAAACGAAAUAAUCCUGGAUGUAACCGGUGCACCUCAAGUUUUGACUGACACAGCUCGAACGAAAAAACGAGUCGUCGUAGAAAAGGAUGAGGACGCUGUCAUCGCCGUCUACUUUUGUUCUGAUCCAAGCCCGGUGAGGACAUAUUGGGAAUGGGGAAGCAUCAAGCUAGAGUCAGGCGAAGUCCAUAUUAGAUAUAUUGCGGAAAAAUUGCACAAUGAUGAAGGAGCAAAAGACUGCUACGAGGCCAGGCUGAUAGUAAGGGGUGUGGACGGAACUGAUUCCCGGAAGUAUACACUAAAUGUGGAAAAUGAAAGAGGAAGUGAAGCUUUCGCAGUGACUUUAGAAGUUAGAGAACCCGUAGCAAUGUCUGUUGUCAUCGGAAUCGUCGUUGGAUGCAUCGUAUUGUUACUUAUUAUAACUCUCGUUAUUCUCUACCUUUUGAAAGCUGAAAGAAUGUGCUUCAACCGAAAGAGGUUUAAACCAGACAGCGAAAGUGACGGCGAUAGCAGUGCACGCUCUGCAGAGCUGAUCCGAAAUGGAAGAUCCAAACCUGGGGCAAUACCACCGGAUGCGCUGUAUACUGCAAGCAAACGGGAUGGUAAUGCUUCGCCCGAUAAUAGACCGCUCUACGAAAACGUGAAACCUGACCAGAACGAUAACCAAAACGAGAGUUCACUGGUCUAUGCUAGUUUGGAUCUGCCGAAUCCAGUUCCUCAAACAAGAAAUGGACAGUCAAAAGUCAGGCACCAGCCGCUACCUCGGAGGGACAGAACCGAAUACGCAGAGAUACAAUUUCAGCCGAAGACUUACGAACAAGCUUCUCUCUAGUGUCUAUUUUGCCAGUGAAAUCCAUGUGUGCUCUUUUUAUAUUUCCAAAAGAAUACAUUUGAAGAACUUGUACAUUCCAUGCCGUGUGGGCUUCCAGAAUGAGGACCACCAGGAACCCAGAGCUUGUAUCUGAUAGAGACAAACAUUUAGUUCGUGUUCCACAGAAAACACAUUGCUUAUGAUGUCGGAUUCUCUAAGUGUGUAUAUAUGCUACAAUUUCAUUUGCUAUAUCAUUCGCAUAAAGAUAUUCAAGUUUUAUAAUAUUGUUUUAAAUUUAUGCCAUCUUCUAGCUCUCGCAUGUAAGUUCUAAGUAGCAUCAACAAUCAUGAAGUAUUUCAAAUUCAAACUUUUGAUGGAAUUAUACCACGUAAAAAAUCAACAGUAUUUAGCACUUUUUUGUUACAGUUAGUUCAUGUGAUGUGUGUGUAUGUAUGUUGUGCAUCCUUCGUGUGAACGAAAUGUUUAUGUUCUCAUGUGUGGUAUGCAUGCUGAUUGUUACUAAAUAUGAUAUGACUUGAUUGCCUGAAUGCCUAUGGAUGCGUAUGUGUAUGCAUGUAUAUAUAUUGCUCAAAGUAGUCGGUAGGUGAUACAUUUUUUUAAAAAAAUCACGUUUGUAAUUUUUGGUCACUACCGAGCUUUCUCAUUUUAUAUCAAAAAUCUGCAAACUUGAUGUCAGUUAUUGUAACAGAUAUGUGGCUUUGCUCCAGCAGGUUUAAAUGCGUACAUUUUAAAUUGUAAAAUAUUCAAUGUAAACUAUAUUUUCUAAAAGAAUUUUCAAUUAGCAGUAUUUGUUCUUAUGAAAAAAUAACAUCAACAUACUUAUAUGAACUUGCUUAAUGCUGAACAGUAUGUUUCGACUAAUUCCAAUUCUGAGAAUGAAUUUAGUAAGUUUACAGUAAGUGUUUGCAGUGGCAUUAAAAGACAAAUGUCGGUGCUGUGUGUUCUCAUAUGUCUUAUGUUAUCAUUAAAAAUGAAAUAUUUAAUAUUUGUUUCAGGGAUUAUUAUUCUGUAAAUAGCAUAACUUUCUGAUUUCUUUAACAAUCCGCUAAAAUCACAUGUGCUUUUAGAUCAUAUUUUUUAUCUUUGAAUCUGGAAAAAUAUGAACAUGAAGCCUUUAUUUGAUAUUUCCACAACAUACCUAGUUUAAUGAAUAUUAGUUAGUAACACCAUCGUGAUCUAUUAGAACUUGUACAAUUACAUCUAAGUUUGAAUUUGAAAUUUGGUUGCAGUUUUUAUAUUUGUUAUGCAUACUUUUUAGCAUAUUUCAAACAAGUUGGAACCUUGCAAAUUUAUAGUAAUUAUUUAAUGUUUGGCACUAUAGAUGUUAUUUUACAAUAUUUUAUCGUUAUGGAUAAAUCAGUUUUGCAUCGAAAUUAUUAUAGUUUACAUUAUUUGUAGCUUUUCUUAUAUUUUACAUUCAUUCGUAACAGUUUAUAUUUAUUCAUAAUCUAGAAAUCAUUUCAUAUAUUUACAAUCUGAUGGGCGGAUAAGCAAAAUGUGUUCUUAUGAUUACACUAGAUUAAUAUUUUUCAAAAUUAUACAAUUGGUCCAUUGUUAAAACUGAAAAUGUUUUGCUAUAUCUUUUGCAAUUUAUUCACAUGAUCUGGAAUUAGCUUUAGCAUUUAGAAUGCGUAAUGAGAUAAAAAUAUAUUUACUUAUUAACUGUAUGAUCCAGAUUCACUGAUCUGUUUAUUCUGGGUUUGAUCAAACAAAAACUUAAGACUAAAAUUUUGAAAGGAAUAUUUAAUUUUCUUUUAUAAUUUAUAUCUCUAAAUGUGAUGCUUUCUAACAACUAGUGAAAAAUUAUGCUAGUUUUCCUAUAAUUAUUAUUUCAGAAAAUUAUCUUUUGAUUAAUGUAAUUGUAGCAGAUAAGAUUAUCGCAAGUUGAAUGUAAAGGUUGCUUUAAUUUUCUCUUGUUGUUAUUGUGGCAAAAAAUACACUUAUUUCUGCAAUCAGUAGUUAUGUUUUUGCUUUACCUCAACAGAAGUAAGUAAUGUUUGUGAAAGAUCUGCGACAAAGCUAAGUUUUCUCACCUUUCACCAUUUAUCAACUAGUAUCUUUUAUCUUCUUUCAAACAUUUCAGUUUUUGCAUGUUCCAUUUGGUAUUGUCGAGGGUUAAUUAAUGUUUAUUAGAUUAUAAAAGGUUUUAAUGUCAAUUUACAAGUUAUCUGAAUCUCCUGAAAAUUUGGAAAAGCUGUAAAUUGUUAGAAUCAAUCAUGAUUUUCCAUGAAGGUACCUUUAAACGUGAUGUCACUGCAUUUCUUUUUUUAAAUAUUCAAAAUGUGGUAAUAUUUUAUCUUAUUGGCAACGCACGUACUCCAGUGAGAUGUUUUUGAAUGCACUACUGCUUAUGGUUGUAAAACACAUAUUCAUUUCUAUAACUAUUUUCCAUUGGUUGCUUUGACACAAAUCCUUUAUACGUUCUUAAUUCAUCAUUAAUAAUGUUUAAGGUUAUGUGUUUAUUCCCCCGUUAUGGACGUGCACAAUCAUAAAAAUGCUUUUCAUUUUUUAACAAUGGCAUUAAUGUAAGAAAUAUAUAUUUUUCAUUCCAGAAAUAAUUCCAGUCUCUAUAAAAAUGAUAGAAUCCCGUUAUAUUGCAAGAAAUUUCUUGAUAAAACGUUUUGAAUAACUAAUGACUUUAUUUAUGAUUUUGUUUAUUUAGUAAAGUUAUAAAAAUUGUGCAAUCACAAUAUUCCCGAAAUCAGUAUUUGUUCUAUGUGAUCGAUUAAAUAAGAAAUUGAUAUUUUGAUAAUUAUCAGAAGUUUCCUCUUUUAUAAAUAUAAACUAUGUAUUGUGAACUUGCUAAGAAAGAAAGACUUGUCACCUAUUUAUCAAGUCAUUAACAUGCGCUGUUUUUCGUUUGUGUGCUACUCAUCGUCUACGUUUUGCAUUCAAAGUAAGUGUCUGAAUGUCUGUUGAUGAAAUGAUUUGUGAAAAGUUACUACUCGGUGUCUUGAAUGCUCUUGUUAGUGGGAAGAAAUCCUAAAAAUUGUAUCUUGUAUUCCAUGUACUGAAGACUAAAAUGAAGAUAUAAAAAUCCCGCCUGCAAUUGUUGUGCUGUUUGCCUCAGUUCAGAGUUUCAUGCUCGUGUUAUGCAGCUAUAGUUGUUCGCUUGAAUGUGGUUGUAAAGGACGUUAUGAAACUGUUACUGUUUCGAAUACUUUAGUAACACAGUUCCAACGCUGAACUGUAUGCAAUGUAAAUUAAAUAUGUCUUUUAAAAAUCUAUAUUGUAUAGAUGUAUUUACUUUUAGUCGAAGAAAAAAUAAUGACAUUCAAUUCUUUAAUUUGUAUUUUUCGUACUGAAAUCUGUCGCUGGAAUGAACAUGUUCCCGAAAAAUAAACUUAUGGCACAGAAAAUACUACAUAAUUCAUCAAAAUGAUAUUGAAUAAGAUAUUUUUUGCUCAUUGUUAACAUUCAGUUAUACCAUAAGAUGAAAAAUAUAUUUCCACUUUUAUGCUUUUUAUAUUAAAGAAUCUUAAAUAUUAAUGAUUUUCGUUUUAUAAUUUAUGUAUUUUGCCGAAUUUGUAAAAUAAAUUUGUAUUAUUUUUUAAUGUUUUUAUUUUGUAUAUUCGAUUUAAUAAAAGAAAUAAGAAUAUAGUUUGGAAACUUUGUUGCAAUAUGUUGUGUAUAUAUAUUAAAGUUCUACCUUCCGUGAAGAAAAGAAAAUUUUAUUUUAAAAAGCAUAUGCAAUUUCCUAAUAUUUUCUGUGAAUUUGCGUCAUUUGUUUAAUAAGUCAUUGAGAUUUUAAGUUCUAGAAAGAAAAUAAGAAUUACGAUUAAAAUGAAACCUAUUUAUAAACAUCGUAACUUUUUUAACCUUAUUAUCAUUUCUGAAAUAAUUUUUAUUAGAAAAUUUUAUAAAAAUUAGUUUCCAAACACAAGAAAGUUUAAAUUCAAACCUUGUUGCGUUUGGAUGAUAAACCUCGUAUUCUAUUGUAGUGGUAAACAACGCAAUUGGAUGUACUAAAGCCGUAUUUUUCCUUGUCAGAUUUUCCUGAAAUUUCUCGAAUAGUUAAAAAAUGUAUUAUAAAUUUGUGGAGUUCCACCCUUUUAUCUAACAACUAAAUGUGGAGGAAUCUAGUGAGAGAAUAAUCGCUUAAGUUCAGGAACAGAAACGUAAACUCGAGAAGGGUUAAUUUCGCUUAAUUGCUCAAAAUAAGAGUUGACAUGUGGCCUUUUUCUCCGGGCGUACAGCAAAGCCUCCACUUAGGCUUGAACUCAAAAUAGUGAGAAAUAAGACUUAACUAAUACUUAACUAAUAUAUAUAGCCGAAGAUAGAUAUAGCCGAAGUUAUCAAAAUUCUAAGUAAUUGGCCCCUAAAUAUCGACUAAGCUAGCGAAGAUAUCAAGGGCCUGUAAUACGGCCGAGCGUAAUAACAGCUUAGAGAGACGUGGCCGGAAGGCAAACGCGCGCUAGUCAGAAACUCUGACGUUCUCUCUCGAAGUCUUAGGUUUUAGGUCAUCACUUGUAUUAGUGGUGUAUGACACUCUAUAUUUACCACUCUAUAUUUGUCCCUUUGGGGAAUCCUAAAUGAGAAAAUUGAAAAAUCCAAAUUUUUUGGAACUUACUUAUACACAAUCCGUGCUGCAUCUGUAAUAGAUGCAAUUAUACAGGCAAUUAGCAAUUAUGAAUUAUGGCAAUUAGUACAUCUUUUUGGCAUAUCAUGAGCGCUACGAAUGUAGCGAUCUUCUGAACAUCGUAAUGUAGGUCUUCGUAAGUAGAUGAAGUGAGCGGAGCUUAAUCGGAUCUGACCAAUCGGCGAUUAGCGUAAUUUUAGGCACAUUAUCAUACAAUUCUUGAAGUCUGUACCCGCUUUGACGGCUGCAAAGUCCUUAUUCUGCUUUGCCAGGAAAGUAUAAGAAUAAUAAAAUGAAUAAUUCUCUAGAAGUCACUGGAACUUCGACAUAAAUACUACCCUUCUUCAUUUGCAUUAAACGCGGGUCUAAGAAUAUAUUCUGGUAGAAAAUUUUAAGCUGAAAUUAGGAUGGACAGAAAAGUAGCUUUAAAUAACAGUUAAAACUUAGGAUAAACCUUACAGAGUUUUAAACAACUGUAGUAAACAAAUCCGCUUUCUGUCCAAAUGCACAUUCAGUAUAACCAUUUAAAUAUGCGUUUCUAUAUUUUUAAAGCGUGCUAGUAUUUGAACUGAUUGUUUUUUUUCUUAUUUUUGUGAAAGAAUCUUUUUUUCCUUUAUUACAACUAAACGUGGAUUAUCUCAUAGAUGUAUUAACAAUCAAACAGACAUGUAUACAUGAUCUUCAAGUGGCUUUCCAAAUGGCACGUAUAGUCAUAUAUCCAGCCUUACAAUCUAAUGUAAGGCGAUGAUUAUUUUUGAACAAUGGUGCAGUCAUAGUUAGUCCCUUAGUCUCUUUCUAGUCUUUGUUUCAAUGAAAUAAAGAUCUCUUUUAAUUAUCUCUGUUAAUCUGUUGGAUAGUUAAUCUGUAGAAACCUAAUAUUUAAGGGAUAGUUAACCUGACUAGAAAAUUUUUAAAGUGUCAGCGACAAGUACCAGUGAAUUGCUUUUCUACCAAUAAUGGAACAGACAUCUAUUGUGUACUUUGACGUCGUAGGAUGUUCCAUGUAUCUGUCCUUGUGAAACAAAGCAAAUAUGCAUAUAUAAAGAUGGAAAGUUUGCCAGCUAUUUAAGGAUUAGAGGUCUAACAAGCAAAGAGGACAAGUUCAGUCUGUCAGAGAUUAGCAUAAAAAUUGCUGAACGUUCCCAGCGGUGGGAGGAGAACGAGAAGAAACUACAGCACACUGGUCUGUAAACCUGUUCUUAUAAAAUAAGUAAGUAAAAGAACAAGCUUCUACAAUAAUGAUUUUUGAUUUGAAAUGACAUUAUUGAUUUACGCUAUUAAAUUCUUCUUCCUGUGAGCAAUAGAAAUCUGUCUUGCUUUAACUGAUAUGUUUUUCUUUUUCUGAUCAGGAAGUUUUUGUUGAAAUUUAAACAUCUAAAGAAGGUAGAACUUUAGGAAAUGCAUCAAUAUAAUCGAUUCUGAAACUCUAAAAACGAGGUACAUAAUGUUUUAUACGUGCUUUGCAGAGUUAAAGGUGUAAAAUAAUUUCUUUCGACUAUUUUCUUUUCAUGUAUGUAUAAAAAUUAUAAAUAUUCCUGUGUUUUCUUUAACAUACUGUUGUAAAAAUAAGUACAGUGAAGCAUAUCAUGAGAGUGUUUCUUCUGUAAGUAACCAUUACUCGUAAACACAUUAAAUAAAUAUUGCAAUUGAACAUAACCUCUUAAAAUGACUAUAAAAUCGAGACGAUCUGGAACUGCAGAAAGUUGCUUUAGAGAGAAUUCAUUGCGUUUCAUUUCUCUUGUUAUUAUACAUUGCUAAAGUGUUCUAGUAUACUGUAAAGUACUCGAAUAAAAUCCUGAUUUAAAGCAAAUUAAAAUCUUCAUUUCUACGAUGCAAGAGAAUCAGUUGUGAUGUCAUAAAAAUAUCAUGCAUUGUCGCAAUGAAUCUUCCAAAAUAAAAAAAAAAAUUCCCAAAAUAAAAAAAAAAUAUAUGAUUUACGUUUUUAAAUAUUGUAUAUACAUUUUAUAUCUAUAGCAAAUAUCGUAAAUAAACUCCUUAAACAAAUCAGCAUGCAGAAAAACUAUUUGAUUCAUUAAAUUCGAAGUAACAUAUCUAACUUUAGUUAAAGGUGUAUCUCUUAUUUUCGUAGAAGCGUAUCGCAUUAAAAUAAUCUGUCUUAAUUUUGAGAAUAAUGAGCCAAUUAUGAUCACAUUUAUAAGGCAAUAUUUAAAUCAUGAAUCGAGAAAUAUUUCUUAAUUAUUAUCGAGAAAUAUUUCUUAAAUGAUCCGAUGAUAUCUUCUUGGAAACAUCAAUAUUUCUUUAAAGGUUUUUAAUGUUUAGCAACAAAAUAUCUGUAUUUUAGUAUAGCAAUAUGAAUUUACUUAAAAAUUGCAGCAAUCAAAUUUGAUCAGUUUAUUUAAUUUUAAUUUAGCUUUUCAUUGGAACAUUAAGAGUUAAAUGAAGCAAACUUUAAAAUUACGCAGUUAUAUAUUUUUCAUUGAUAUAUUUCUUUCCCAUUUGAAAGAAAAAUUUUUACUGAAUUAAAAGCUAAUGAGAUCAACAUUUUUAGUUCAUUGUCUAAUGGACGCUGAGAGUGAAAACGUUUUAACAUAUAUUUGUUUCUGAUAAAAGCUGUUUAUAUUUCUCUUAUAAAUUCAAAAUAAUCAUAAAAAGAAAAUUUAAUUAAUAUUAAGUUUAAUUUGUACUAUAAACGUUACCACGUAUAAUCCGUUACAACGCGAAUUUAUAAAAUUAAUUUUUAAUGACUUCUCGUUAAUGCAUACUCUUUUGCUGAAUGAAAAUAUAAUGCCAGUGUUUACUGAAAUAUUUAAUCAAAAUCCUUUCUCACUAUGGGCUUAACAGCGAGUCGCUGAACAUUCGUAAUUCGAUGGGAGGUUCGAAUCCUACGAACGGGCUGGCUGCAUAGGCGUUUUCCUAGUUUUUCUCAUGUAUACGUGUAUACCAGCCAGUUUCCCUUAGAAAGUCCCCCACGAAGGAAUCCCCUCUUCAGGCAGAUAGGCCUCGAGUGCUUAGCCGUAAUAAAAUAAACCAACCAACCAACCAACUUUUCUCACUAUAUAUCUAAAUAAAAAAAUAUUAAAAAAAGAUUCAGACGCGUUAAAAAUAAUGUACAUUGUUUUAACCCUUUGAAGGGCACCGGUAUAUAAUAUAUACCGGUUGUUUUGUUAAUUUUUUAACCUCCGAAAAAAUGCUAAUUUUUCUGCACCAAAGCUAUAAUCUUAAGUGUCUAGUGUUUCCUUUCAAUUCUAAAUGGUAGCAUCACCUUAUGAAUGCUCAAUAUUUUGCAGUUAUGAAAUUAAUAUACCUCUUUGCAAGGUAUCAUGUUGGAAGAUUGAUAAAUUCUAUUGGAGGGAAAGAAAAAAUUCAAAAUCUGCAAAUAUAUGACGUAC